AUGGACUUCGACGACCUGGACGAUGCCAUCGAGCAGCGCAUCGCUGAGGGCGACACCGAGGCGCUGGCGAAUUUGAGUGGCGUCACCAUGCAGAAGAAGACGCUCAAGGCCUUCACUGGGUCCAUGAGCAGCAUGCCCCGCACCGUGGGGUUGCCGCAGAUCGAUCCCAUCAACACGCCCCAAGGCGGCAUCAAGAUGCGGGUCUUUGUGUUCUACGGGCCGGGGGACGCAGCCGAAGAUGUGAAGUUCAUGGCUUCCAUGGUGCCCAAGUGGGCGGAGAUUGGGACCUACGAGUACCCGGGCCACGGGGCGAGGGCCUCGGAGCCGGCGGCGGAGAACUUCGAGGCCUUGGCGAAGGACGCCUUCGAGGCCCUCCGGCCGGCCAUCGAGGAGCUGCAGGAGGGUGCAAAGUACGAGGGUGCGCCCUUCGCCUUCUUUGGACGGUCUGUGGGCUGCCAGCUGUUGACGUGGCUGGCGAAGACCAUCCUGGUCAAGUACGGCCUCGUGCCUUGCGCGGUGUUCGUCACGGACCGGGCGCCGCCCCAUGUGCCGCUUCUGUCUGAGCAGGGCCAGAAGGAGCUCAAGUCGGAUCCCAACAAGGUGGUGAAGGCCUUCAACUACUUGAACUUUGAGCAGGUGGAUAAGAAGGUCUAUGCCAGCGAUCUAGGAUUUGCUUCUGAAACGCUAGAUGCAUUUUACCACAAGUUCGAAUGUGACGUCACGCUCCUCAAGGGGAAAUUCGACGAGCAAGCUGACGCUGGAAAGAAGAAGGGCAAGUACAAGGCCGUCACCCUGAAAAUCAAGGGCAAGGAGGAGGUCUUGGACCUCCCGGCGGAAGCUGAGACCACGGUGGGGGAGAUGCUGGAGGCGGUUGGGAACAUCUUCAGCUACCGCCGGGGCACCAAGCUGACGGCGAGCUCUUUGGAAGGCCGGGCCCUCACCCCGGACUCGGUGGUGCCUAGUGCCAUUGUGGUCGAGGGUCUGGAGGACUUCCAGCACGCGAGGUACAGCUACCCCCACCCCGUGGGCAUCAUCGGCUGUGGCUUCUACGGCAUCAAGACGGCCAUGGAGUACAUGCACCACAAGAAUGAGAACAUCAUCCUUUUUGACCGACACAAGCGUGCAGGUGGUGAUGCGUGGAUGUACUCUGCGACAAAGUACUCCCGUUGCCAGACAGACUUCGGCGCCUUCAACAUUUGGUGGGGCCACCAGUUCAAUUUCAGCGGGGACGGGGGCUACGGCUCCAACCCCGGCAACGGCGGGCGCGGGCAGUUCACCAAGUCCUUCAAGGGCCCCGGGGCCCCGCCGCAGGGCUCCGGCGCGGGGACGGGGGUGGACUACCACCCGGUCCGGCAGCAGAUCUUGGAUGCCAUGCAGUAUGCCACGGAGGAGUACAAGUUCAGCCAGUACUGCAACUACUCCACGGAGGUUGCCACCUUGAAGGUGGUUGGGGAUCCUGAAGCUGAGGACCGCUACUACGAGCUGGGCUUGAAGAAGUUGGACAAGGAUGGCGCUGUGGUGUUGCCCUCUGGUGGCUACAACGCCUACAGCGACCCCAGCGCUGGAGGUGUGAGCUCCACAGUCAAGGUCUCAGUGGUGUACCACUACCCCGGUGCAUAUGAGAUCAAUCGUAUCAUCGAGUAUCCGGGUGAGGAUGAGUUCAUUGCUGCAGGGGGGCAGAUCGGCUAUGGCAUGGGCAAUGGUCAAGGAGGGUCUUUUGUGUGGGAUGAUGGCAGGAUGAAGGACGCGCGCUGUGCUAUCCUUGGCAACGGCGCUUUUGCGGUGGAGAACGUCAGAAGCUGCGUGGAGAAUGCCGCGGCAAAGGUGUACAUCAUCACGCGCAGGAAGAGCCUGCUGUGCCCUAGAAUGCCUUGCUGGUUUUGCCAUCAGGGACCAGAUCCCACACCCGCGUGGAUGCUGCUGAAUCAGUUCAAGCCCAUGUACGAGCUCGCGGGGCUGGAAGACCCCUACAAGUUCUACGCCGUGCAGAUGGGCAACGACCCCACGGACGUGGGUAUCAAGCAAAGCAGCCGCUUCGGCAUCGGAGACGUGACCUUCCUUUGCUGCGCCUACGGGCUGCUGGAGUACCGGGUCGACACCCUCGCACGGUGCACCGCCAAGACCUUGCAUCUGACGGGCGGCGAGAAGCUCGAGGACAUGAACCACAUCUGCAAGGCCCUGGGCCUCAUCGGCGACCCCCGGGUGGACAAGCUGCACGCCAUGACCCACCGGGUGGGGAACAUGAUCAACGGGGACUUCCGGCGCGUGAUCACGGCGGACGCCACGGGCAUGGACGCGCGGCGCUUCACCACCUUCUCCGCGGGGCCCGGGGCCUGCGGGGUGGUGAAGCAGUGGUACUACCUGCACAACCACCCCUGGCUCUUCCGGGAGGCCUGUGCUCAGGGCAUGAUGAAGCUUCUGCCGGUGCACAAGAAGAGCGAGACGCAGCCAGAUCAGCCGGUGUACAUGACCAACGUGCAGUAUGAGAUGUGGGCUGGAGGUGUCUUCUCCAGCUACUUCCCCUCCAUGGGUUUGGCCUGGGGGGAUGAAGCCGCAUACAAGUACUCCCUGAUCCACACCAUGCAUCCCGUGGAGAAGUUCUACGAGUACUGUAAGGCGGACUGGGACAGAUACCAAAAGAUGUUCCAGGAGAACUGCAAGGGCUGCGCGGACAAGAACGUGCCAUACCCCUACACCAUGGACCAUGUAAAGAGUUGGUUCGAGGUGUACAACGAGAAGCUGAACAUGCACACUGUGCCCGAGGGUCCGGAUGACUACUUCCGGAGGAGCACCAUUAGCAUCUACAAGAAGGCCAGCGACAUGAUCCAGCAGUCGCUCGUCGCGCCCUUGGUCAAGGAGAGCGGCCUGAUCAAGGGCUUGAAAGCGGGGGACGAUCCUUGCAUGACGGUGUGGGCCAACAAGAUCUACGAGCUGAAGAAGGGGCUCACGGCCUCGGAUCCCGAGAGCGCCCUGAGCUUCGACGACAAGGCGCUGGAGGCCUGGAAGGACCUGGUGGCCGACGGCUACAAGUUCCAGGUGGAGAAUCUGGGCACGACAGGCGACAAGAUGCUGGCGGACGGAGGGGCCUGGCAAAAGAUCGUCGCCUUGCUGACCACGAAGAAGCCCGAGUGA